UCUAUCUAUCGCUGUUGCGACUAUACUCGACCUUUAGCGUCAAAAGAAGAUACUGUGGUGUAUUACAAAAAGGGAGAAAUAGGCUUAGCUCAUGUCCACAAGGUUGACCGGAGGAAACUCGACUUGUCUUUAUAUGGUGGUUCCGUAUCUUGUCAAACGCUAGAAUUGGAGACUAUCCCGUCUUGUCGUCGUAUACUCAGGCUAGUUGAAGAGGUUUUCGUAGUGGACCGUGGCUUUUCUAUAGGUGAAACAGUCAUAAAAUACGAGAAUGAAUUUGCGGGCAACCCCGAGAAGGAGCAUAUGUGCAUGCCUCAACUUGAAACUGUGAUCGGGCAGGUGCUCAACGUGGAGGUCCGUGGUGACGUUUUGGUGUUGCCUCAAAAGAAUUUGGUUGUGAAGAAUGUCCCUCUAGGUAAAAAUGAAUAUACUGAGAUGGUGAAUUAUAAUUCCGCUCAUAAUUACGUGAUGUACAAGGACUGGAUCGGCAAUGCAAGUGAUUGUGUCAACGAUGUCACAUUAGUUUAUCGUGGGCGGCAUCGGUUCGUCUUCUACCUCUAG